GCGGAAGUUGUGGAGGCUGGAAGCGCCGGGCGGCCAGUUUUGACAGGUAUCGGUUGCUGCUGUGUCCUGGGGUUUGGCUUGGUACAGGCAGCGCUCGGAUCUCCCUCCUCUGCAGCCAUGACUUGUACCAUUGACAAGAUUUUACAGGAUGCCAAAACUUUGUUAGAGAGGCUCAAAGAUCAUGACAACGCUGCAGAAUCCUUAAUUGAACAGUCUAGCUCUCUACAUAGGCAUGUUGAAGCCAUGAAGGAAGUUGGGACAACACUGCCAGAAAAGUACCAAGAAGAUUUGGCAGAAAUAAAAGACACAUCAAAGUACAAGCCACAUGUGCUGUUAUGUCAGGAAAACACUCAGAUCAGAGACCUUCAGCAAGAAAAUAAAGAGCUCUGGUUGUCUUUGGAGGAACACCAAUAUGCCCUAGAACUGAUAAUGAGCAAAUACAGGCGGCAAAUGCUGCAGUUGAUAGCGAAUAAAAAACCUGUACCGACAGAGCCAGUCCUGGAAGCUCAUGAAACCUACUCUACCGAAACAGAGAAUUAUAUUGAUAGAAUAUGUGCCAUGGGGGAAGUGAUGAGAAAAGCCGUUCAAGUAGAUGAAGAUCAGGCCUAUAGUAUUCAAGAGAGACUUGCACAACUAGAGCUGGAAAACAAGGAGCUUCGAGCAGUUUUGUCUGUGAGCAAGGAGUCGUUACAUCCGGCUAAAAAUGAAUCGGAAUGGAAUUCAUUAGAGAAAUCCCAGUGACCUCUUUCAGACUGCAAGACAAUCAUCUUUUUAUGCUUGAGUGGACCUUCAACGGUGAUGUCAAGGAGGCUGUGUCUUCUACACAUGUGUAUGAGUGUUCUGCUGCCUUGAAAGUGAAGCUAUUCUGUAUAGGAGAGUGUGCUAACUUGAGAAGAUGAAGAAAUCUCCUUGUUUAUGUGAACUUGUGUUUUAAAAGAUCCUCAAGAAAGUGAAGACCACACAUUUUGGACUUAGAGCACAGUGACAAUGAAAAGAAUAGAUGUUUAUUUAAAUAUAUAGAGAGAGAUAAGUAUAGGUAUAAAUAAAAAAUACUUAAACAA